GUAAAUUGUAAUGAUUAGUUUAAAAGUAUUUGUAUCGAAGUGAUGUUUGAAAACGAGAUGAGAUUGUAAUGAUUAGUUUAAAAGAAUUUUGAGAUUGAAAUUUUCUUUCAAACAAGCCCUAAUUUUCUAAGAGAUUUUACGUGGUAUUAAUUGAUGCAGGAACCGUCAGGACAACGAUUCGGUUGGGGGGUAUCCGCUACUAUUAACGGUAACUAACUGUCAUUCCCCCUACUUCAGAAACUCCUUACUUCCUCGGACUCGUUCAGAAGUAAACCUUUCACUCGGUUUCUAUCUCGCUCUCGCUCUUCACUCUCAAGUACCAACCGCGAGAGUUGGUGCUUGGGACCCCCAACACGACGAUUUUCUCUCCAUAUCGCGGCGCGGCGCUGCUCUUUCAUUUCGGCGCCGGCCGCUACCAAAUCUACGCCAAAGAUCACAGAGAAAAGAGAAGAAUUCCACACUGAAGAAUAAUCAAGCAUGGCAGAUCCCAGUGCCAUCGUACCGUACAUUGAUCCGCACGAUCGCCCAUUGACCGACAACAUUAAUUUCGAUUUCAUGAACGACUCCAUCCCCACUCUUGGCGAUUUAUCAUCAUUUGCUCUACCAACAUCGCCCCAUUUUGAGGCAGUUGCGCAUUUACUAGAUGUUGACCCCUCUGAGGAUCCGGCUGCGGGGGAUAUGCGCGAUGACUCUAAUAAUAGUGGAGCGGGGAACAAGUCUCAGGCGGCGGGCCCCUCGGAGAGUGCCAAUGAUGGAAAUGCGAGGCCGCUUUUCACUUGGCCUGUGGCACCGAUCCCAUUUAAUUGUAGCUGUUGCCAUGUGCUCAGAGAAAUAAUUUACAGUAACGGGACCAAUACCAAGAAACUUGAGAUACAUGGAAGACUCGGUAUGAUCUGUCAUGCUGUUCUUGAGGAUCUGCAAAAUGUUUAUGGGAAUUCUUCGAGCAAUCAGUAUCAGAUGUUUGAUUUUUGUAAGAAAAGCAUAGAGGACGUCAAGCAGUUUUUAAUGAAGUACUGUUUGGAGCAAAAUAUAGCGGGCUAUGUUAUGGUGCCAGAUCCGUUAGCGAAUUAUUAUGAAGCCCUCUGUGUUGGACUAGAAUGGGACGAUGACGACGUUCUUCUUGAUGACUUGAAUUUUCAACCAUCCCCUACGAAUUCAGGAGGAGCACGUCCAAUGAAUGAACCAGAGGCCACAGGGCCGACACAUAAAGUUUCCCUUGCAGCACAGAGGGAAAGAGCGGGAAAGUUAACGCUAAACGAGUUGGGCCCUUACUUCAAUCUUCCUAUAGAGGAAGCAGCUAAGAGAUUGAAACUGUGCCCAACUGUUCUGAAGAAGAUAUGCCGAAGAGAUGGAAUGAAUCGAUGGCCUCACAGAAAGGUUAAAAGCCUGCAGAAGCAAAUAUCAAGUUUGAGAGCAAGUUUAGAGUCAAAUAUCAAUGCAGAGGAAAGAGCAAAUGCUCAAGCUGAAAUUGACAGACUUGAGCAAGAACUAACCAAUGUUUGUCGUGGGGUUACAUUACGAUGAUCACGUGAAGAAUAUAUAUUGUACUUUUGUGCUUAAAUCAUGGAAAUUAGAGUUAUCCAAUUUUUUGCAUAUAUUUAUGAGAGGCCUUUUCUUUUGUGUUA